ACGGCAAGCUCUGAUGGGCUUUGCUUCUUUCCAUGCUGCAGUUAAACUCCAAAGUUAUAGUGAGCUAUUGAAUUUCAUCCAAACUAAUGGUUCUACCAAUAGAAGCAUUUUAAGUUUUAAUAUCUUUAAGUAGAAAUCUACAGAGCGAACCAUUUUCUUCUUUUAAACGCGUCGCUCUUAGACUGAAAAGUUUGUUAAAGUUAGCCGCGAAGCUAACAAGAUCUUUAGCUACAAUUAGCUGCUAAAUGAUGGUAAGCGGUGAGAGAUGAGCCAUGGUGGUGUUACUGGCGGGGAUGUGUCCUGGUCUGGAUGCGGAUUUACUGCGGAGUCUGCGGGCAGCUGAUGUCAGAACAGUGGAAGACCUCGUCUCUUCUGACAUCGAGGAUCUGGCUCAGAAAUGCUCCGUUUCCUAUAAGGCUCUGUUUGCCAUCCGCCGGGUGCUCCUGGCCCAGCACACAGCCUUCCCAGUGUCAGGCGCCGAUCUAUAUGAAGAACUAUUGAGCUCCACAGCCAUCCUCUCUACUGGAAAUCCCAGCUUAGAUAAACUGCUGGAUUCAGGCUUGUAUACGGGAGAGAUAACGGAGCUGUCAGGAGGAGCAGGAAGCGGCAAAUCUCAGGUGUGUUUUGGUGUGUCGGUGCACACCGCACACCGUCUGAAGCAGAGCGUGAUCUACAUCGACACAACAGGAGGGCUCACCGCCAGCCGCCUGCUGCAGAUCCUGCAAACUGAAACAAAUAAUACAGACGAGCAGAUGGAAGCUCUACAGAGGAUUCACACCUUCCGCCUGUUUGACGUCUACGCUCUGCUCGACUGCCUGUACGGGCUCUGCGGCGGCGGCCUUCAGAAGGCGUGUGUCGGCGGCGGCUCUGUCAAGGUGAUGAUCGUGGACUCGGUGUCAGCCGUUAUCGCUCCUCUGCUGGGAGGCAAACAGAACGAAGGCAUGUCCUUGAUGAUACAAGUGGCAGCGGCUCUAAAGACGAUGGCGAAGGACUUCAGCGUCGCCGUUCUGGUAACAAACCAUGUAACGAGAAGUGGCAGCGGGGAGGUGCAGCCGGGCCUCGGCGUAUCAUGGAGCCACAUCCCUAGAACCAGAAUCCUGCUGGAACGAGUUGAGAGAGGGGCGUCUGUCAGCAGCACGGGUCAGCGCUCCGCCACGCUCAUCAAGUCCUCCAGACAGGCUUGUGGCGUCAAAGAAGACUUUGACCUCCAGUGGUGGAGUCGAAGUGAAGGAGGUGGACCCUCAGGAAAGAGGAAACUGGAUGAGACGGAUCCCUGAUGACAGCAGCGCUGAAGGAAAAUGUCAG